AAUAAAAAUUUAGAAGGAAAAUUAAAAUCAUCUAUUAAAGAAGAAGAUGAAUUUAUUCAAAAUAUUUUUGAUAAAAUGCCUUUGACUUCACAUAAAUUAGCUACAAACGUAAAAUCAGAACCUGGAAAAAAAAUAACUUACUCAAAAAUCAAGCCAGUAUUCAACGCAGAAGGUCACAUGAUAUUUUCAAAAUUUGAUUUCUCCGAAAUCGGAACUAAGAAGCACCCAAAAAAAUUCUUGGGCUCAAAGGACCCGAAGAAGCGCCUGGAGGAGCUCAAGACUAAAAAGCAAAAAUUAAAGGAACUUAAGGCAGCUGGUGAGACAAAAAAAGCGAAACAACUCGAGCAGAAAGACUCCUGGCGCGCGAUCUUGGCUCGAGCUGCUGGCGAGAGGGUCCUAGAUGAUCCGGAGCUCCUGAAAAAGACGAUCAAGCGUAAGGAACAUUUAAAGAAGCACAGCGCGAAAAAAUGGGAGGCUAGGACUAACAAAGUGCAGAAGGAUAUUGAGACCAGGCAAAAGAAGCGCCAGGAGAAUAUUUUGAAGCGCAAGAAGGAUAAGAAGACUCAUAAGUUAAAGAGGGCGUCGAAGAACGGGAGGAUCAUCCCCGGGUAUUGAUGUAUUUUUAAUAAAUAAUGUUUUUAAAUAAGUUAA